AAACAUUGCACCGUGUGAAUCAGAUUGGUAAGUCUUGCAUGCCUGUGCGACUGAACAAGACACCUUGGGAAAUUGAUUUUCGAAUUGUUUUGAAAGUAAUUGAACACAAGGGUCUUGAUAAAAGGAACAACAUAUGUAAUUGGAGUGAACAUUUGUGCACAGUUAUGUCAUUCCUUGUGAAUAUAGACAGUUUCCCGCCCUAUAAGAGGAAAAAGUUCGAGGACGAUAAACGACAUCCUCAGCCUAGGAAUAAAUAUGAAGAUGUAAUUGUAAUUGGAUACCACAGUAAGCUGUUUCGCGACGAUGCUAUGGCACAAUACAUUGAAGAUGGAAAGCAUUUGAUCCCAUGGAUGGGCGAUGAGUCUCUACUUAUUGACAGGUAUGAUUGCAGAGGCCAUCUUUAUUCUCGUGAUGAGUUUGAAUGGAAAAGCAGCCAGUUAACAAUGCAGUUGUCCUCAGAGGAAGAGCAAAUUGAAAAAGCUUGUGAUGAAGAGCGGUACAUGGGUAUUCAUAAAGAUGUUGAGGAAGAAAAUUUUUUGGAAGAGGAGGAAGAGAAGAGACUAAGCAUUGCCACUGACCCAGCUUCUGCGGCCUAUCGCAAUGUUGGUUUUAGCUACCAGUCAACAAAUCAUGAUGGCAGCAAAGAAUAUGACCCAAAUGAUUGUUUCAAAGAUGACUCUGAUGAAGAGAAUGGCAUUGCUGAAAAUAUAGCCAAAAUUUCAAGGGUGAAAAAUGAAGGAAAACUAAUCACUCUGGGCGGAAAACUGGCUCAGCCAAGUGCCAAACCGGUUAUAAAAGAAACAGAGGCUGUUGGUGUCUAUAUAAAACCAGUUAAUCUGGAAAUUCCAAGUGGAAUCGAUGUGCCGGAUAGUCAGAAGUCUCAUUCGAUAAUCGAAAAGACAGCAUUGUUUAUCAGCAAGCAAGGGACACAGAUGGAAAUCGUCUUGAAAGCAAAACAAGCAGGGAAUCCCCAGUUUGAUUUUCUCAACUACGGUAACUGGUUGAACCCAUACUACAAGCUGAUACUGCAAAAGAUAAAAGAUGGAGGCUACACGGUUGAACCAGCCACUACGCAGGAGUCAUCGAAUCAAUCCGAUAACGCACAACCCACAGUUUCCUCUUCAAGCGAUGGUGAGGGCUCUGAUGACGACGAAUAUAUCCACCCACUUUUGCAAGCACAUCGCAGGCCUAUUAAGACCACAGCUGAACCGACUAAAUCACAACAAACCGUUUCUGAAUCCCACCAACAACAAACCCGCCACAUUCCCGCUUCCUUAUCGUAUGAGACCACAGGGAUACAAACAGUGCUACCUCCAAACACUUAUUCAGAUGCUGUUGCCGUGUACAUGGCGCGAAAAUACAGAAAUAAGAGGCAUGACACGCCUAGUCCGAAGAAAAAUAAUGAUAAUAACGAGGAUCAAGAAGCAGCGGACGAGCACUGGGCUGAUGAUCUAGAAGAAGACCAAAGUAAUGCAGUGAUAAAUGCCCAAAAUCUCGCCUACUUCAAUCAGAUGCAGUUAGAACUCGCCCAGCUUCACCCAGCUUACAUGAUGACAUCACUUGUUCCUCCUCCGCCGCCACCCGGACAAGAAGAACAACCUGGUACUGCUGAACCAAAUCCAUCCAUUUAUGCAAUGCAGCUACCACCGCCCCCGCCUCCUCCUGGAUGCUCAGAAAGUGGAAUCGAGGACAGAUCAUUUGCUAAUCAGCAACAACAGCAACAUCACAUCGUGCCUCCGCCACCAGAUCUCAAAGUAGUGGUUGACAAACUGGCUGACUAUGUUUCUAGAAACGGAGAGACAUUCGAGGAGCAGGUGAAGAAGAAGAAGGACUUUGAUUUUUUAAAGUCUGAUAACAUUUAUUAUCCGUAUUACCUGUACAAAAAGCAACAAUGUAUUCUGGAAGUUUCAGUGACGAAGGCUCAGAAGAAAAAGGAGGAAGAAGAAAAAGCUACCAAACCGCUUAGCUUUGCUUUGAAAACUAAAAAGGUGACAAAAGCACCAGUUGUCAAGUCGAAGGCAGUGGAAAUAUUCAAAAAAGCAGAGGAAGAAGCAGAGAGUGACGAAGAUAUGGAGGAGGUUGCGACAGAUUUAGAUGGAUAUAGGCCAAAUUUUGUGAAGAAAAAGGAAGAGAGCAAAGAAAAUGAGCCCAGUAUGGAAGAGAAAGCAAAAGACACCAUGGAGAAAGCCAAGAGAAUGAUUGCUGAGGCACAGAAGAGGCAAAAAGAGCUGCAGCAACAAUGCAGCUCCUCCGAAGUUUCAGCAAGAAAUUCAGAAGGGGUUAACCCAGAGAAGCAGGCCCAGAUGGAAAGGCGUAGGAAAGCAGCUGCAUUUAUUGGGAUGUUGAAGCAAUCCAAUUCAUCAGAUCAUUCAUCAAGCAGCAGUGACGAUGAAAGUGGCCAUUCUUCAAGCGACAGCAAUGAGUCUGACAACGAGGCCCAUCCAAAAAGGCAUUUUCAGGAAAGAAGGAAUAGUGAUGAUUAAAGUUGCACCUCCAUGGCCAAAACGCAGUAUCUGAUGGUAAUGAUGAAUUUUCAGUCAACAAAGGGCAGUGCUGGUUCACAACUUCACCCCAGUCCAAACAGUGAUGAAGCCAUCCUCUCGACCGUGAUUGACCUCACUCGAGGCUUUAUGUGAACAGUAAAUGGUCUGCCGAUAAAUUGCUGCCAGGGAAUAUGCGAGUCUGUUUGCCAAAGAUGGUUGUAAGGGGAAGAAUUAAGAAGGAACCAAGGUGGCUGAGGAUUCUAUGGAAUACAAAGACAGGUCAUUCUGCUUUCAGACUGUAGUUUUCAUUAAUUAUUGUCUUGCUCUAUUGAUCCAUCAAAUAGGUAAAUACCUACCACAAAGGUUACAGUACUGAUGGAUUUCUCAUAUUCCAUUUGUUUUUCGUCAGUUCAUUGGUUGUUUAUAUCAUGGAUUAGAUUAAAGGAUUCAAGAUUUGUCAAGAGAUUCAAAAAGACCUAGAAAAUUGCUAGAAAAUCGAAAAAGAAACUCGAGGUAAUUUGAAAGACCAUAUAAUAUGUCUACUUAAAAUCACCAUUUCUAUAUUUUACUUUAUGAAAAUAAAUGUUUUCUGAAAAUUGAUAAUGCUUGGUAGCAAUGGCGAUUAAUAUCUAGAA